AUGGAGUAUCCAGGCGUGCGAAGCCGGUUCGAUGACUUUGUCGCUGGAUUAUUCCUACCAUGGCACCGGUAUUUUCUCUGGUUAUUCGAGAAAGCCCUUCGAGAGGAAUGCGGGUAUAAAGGCUAUCUUCCCUACUGGAACUGGCCACUUUGGGCAGGAAAUCUCCACGAAAGCCCACUCUUCGACGGCAGUGAGACAUCCCUCUCCGGCGACGGUGAAUACAACCCAGGCGAGGAAAGUUUAUCCAGCGGCGCGGUAACAAUACUUCGCGGUUCGGGCGGAGGCUGUGUCCGACGCGGACCAUUCAAGGACAUAACCAUUCACUUCGGACCCUUCCCGCGAAGUCUCCUCUCCGCAACCGAGAUUCCAGCACCUAGAUUCGACUAUAAUCCAAGAUGUCUCAAUCGGAGCCUCAAUAGCUUUGUUUCUACACACUUUACCAGCCAGACACAGGUCACCCGAUUGCUAGCUGCUAAGAAUAUCGCUGACUUCCAAAUGGUCAUGGAUCAUUGGCCCGCCGCGCCCGACGGGGUCCUGGGUCUACAUGGUGGUGGACACUUUAGUAUCGGGUCGACUAUGCAGGAUCUCUUUUCUUCGCCGCAGGAUCCGGCUUUUAUGUUGCAUCAUGCUAUGAUUGAUCGGUUGUGGGCGAUUUGGCAGGCAGAGGAUGAAGGGAAUCGCCGGUAUGCGGUUAAUGGGACGAAUCGGAUAUUGAACGCGCCCACAGCGGUGCUUGUCAGUUUGGAUAUGCAGAUGGAAUUUGGGGUUUUGGAUGGGAAUCGGAUGGUUGGUGAGGUCAUGAGUCCUGUGGAAAGUGGGUUAUGUUAUGCCUACACUUGA